AUGGCCUGGGUAACUUCAUUUCAUAACGCCUUCGCGUCAUCCCUGCUUUCACUCCUAGCAAAUAAAUUAACAGAGUUAGCCUGCACUGAAAUAGGCUACUUUUGGAAUGUGAAUGACAAUCUCAUGUCGCUGGUCACAUUGUCUCGGAUUGUCCAGAUGAAGCUGUAUAAGCUCAGUAAUAACGAGCUGCCUAGAGAAUGGAAGCCAUGGGUGCAAGAAGUGGCCCAGCUUUUCUACGAUGUUGAUGAUAUAAUUGAUGGUAUAAUCCUUGAUGUAAGGAAGAAAAACCACUUAAACCAGCAGCAACUGGCUAAUGGUCAAGAUCAAGAGUGCAGCAGCAGUAUGUGGUCUUCUGUUUUGGGUAACUUUGGAGGUCGAAGAAGAUCAGGGUGGCAGAAGGCAGUUCCUGAAAAUGAAAAGCAAGCAAGGAAAAUUAUAUUAUCAUCAUUAAAGAAAUGGGGUUUGCCUCAUAAGAUAAAUUCACUCUUAAAGAAGUUGAAAAACAUGGAGAAGCAAGUAGAUGGGCUUCUUCAAGGUGUUCCACAAAACCAGACUAGUAGUGCAGCUGAAUCCUCCCAAAUGGGGAGUAUGCGAGUGGCGAUUCCAAGAUCUUCAAGCCUUUUAUGGAGGUCACUUGGUCGGGCAAGAGAGAACGACAAGAAGAUCAUCAUAGAGAAGUACUUGCUCAACUCUGCUUUUCGAGAAAGAGGUGUUUGUAUUGUCGGAAUGUCAGGUCUAGGAAAAACUACCCUUGCUCAAUCCAUCCGAAACGAUGAACGAAUCAAGAAAAAUUUCACUGUCACUUGGAUUUUUGUACCCGGUGAUUUCAAUUCCACAGCCAAUCUUAUUAUCGAACCAUCUUUGCAAACUCAAGUGGUGAAUGGAUAUCCUCUUAAUCAUCGUCAUGGUAGAAAAACCUUGGUUGUGUUGGAUGAUGUAUGGAAUGUGCAUCACGGAGCAUGGAAUAACUUCGUUUCUACUCUUGUACCUGGAACAAUCCUUCUUAUCACCACUCGUGAUCCUAAAGUAGCCUCCAUAACCGCCACCAUUGCAUACCCUAUAAACAGGUUGUCAAACGAAGAUUGCUCAGAAUUGAUGAUGAAACACGGGUUUCAUAAAGAUCUAUUUGAUGAUUUUGAUCAAUAUCGUCCUAAAGUGGAUGAAUUAGCUAGUAAAUGUGGUGGUUUACCCUUGGUGGCUACUUUAGUAAGUUUAGCAAUGGCAGCUGAAUGUAGGGAAAAGGGGCCAGAAGCGACAUUUACAGCGUUGGAGCAAAGUGAUUUGUGGGAUUUGACAGUGUUCAGGAAUGAAAUCUUUCCAGCUUUAAGAUUUGAUGACCCAAGUAUGCCAACUGAAUUGGGUAAGUUCCUUGGUUAUCUACCUCUGUUCCCCUGUGAUUAUUUCUUCAAAAAAGACGAGCUUUUACAACUGUGGAUGGCGGAAGGCUUUGUGACGCCUGAAAUAUGGAGUCCCUCAGGAUUAAAAAAUGCAGUCCAACAUUUUGACCAUCUAUUAUCAAGGUCUAUACUUUGUUCUUCAAAAAAUUGCAAAGAAGAUAAAAUAGCUACCUACAAAAUUCAUGAGUUCACCCAUAGGUAUGCACAGAACAUAGCUUCCAAUAUGUGCUAUCAAAUGAAUGAUCAUGGUAAGGACCGUCCAUUCUUACCUAUGGUCCCUGUACGUCACUUAUCUUUAUGCUGUCAAAACAUAGAUGUUUUGCACUUAGAGGUGAUUGAAAAAUUUUACAGCCGGUUAAGGACAUUUCUGUUGUUACCUAAACAAACAGCCAACAUUAGUGAAGUCCCAGAAUCCUUGUUUGAUAAGUUACAUUUUUUACGUGUAGUAAGUUUAAGUCGAUCCCAUAUUGCCACUCUUCCUAGAUCUGUUAGCAAACUCAAACACCUUCGUUACCUAGACUUAUCGUAUACACCAAUCCAGAGUUUGCCUGAUACAAUCUGUAAAUUACUUGGUUUGCGCAUCAUAAAGCUGAAACAUUGUCCAAAUCUUCUCCAACUGCCUACAAAAAUAUCAAAUUUAGUUAAUCUAAUCCUUCUUGACAUGGAUAUGGCAUGUUUGCCCUCUAUACCACCAUACAUAGGAAAGCUAACCAAUCUUCAAUCUUUAGACGUCUUUACUGUGAAAGAUGAAGAAGGAUAUCGAAUCACAGAAUUGCGUGAUAUGAAUAGCCUUCAAGGGUCAUUAAAGAUAAAGAAGCUCGAAAAUAUUGGAAAUGUUAGGGAAGCUGAGAAUGCCAAACUAAGCCUAAAGGCCCAUCUCUAUAGGUUGGAGUUGCAUUGGUCACAUACCCUUAAGUCAAAACCAUUAGUUAGUGCUAAGGGCAUCUUAGAUAUGCUUCAGCCCAACAAUAAUUUGACAGAACUUCGGUUUGUAAACUACAGUGCAUAUACAUUUUCAAGUUGGCUUACUAGUCCUUCAUGUCAUCUUAAGGUCAUUUAUCUGUACAAAUGUCCCUAUAUCCAAGAACUUCCAGAAUUUUGGAAGCUUCCAUUUCUUAGAACCCUCACUAUCGAUGCAGCAAGCAGUAUACAGCAAAUGGGACGGAAUUUUUUUGGGGAUUUGAAGUGUAGCAGGUUUCCUAAGUUGAAACGUUUAGAGCUUCAGAACAUGGAAAGACUUACUAGGUGGGAAGGAUUGGAUCAUGGGGAUAUGCCUCGUCUUCGUGAUCUUAAGUUUAUAAAAUGUCAUGUAUUUUCUACGUUGCCUACAUUGCGGUUCUUGACAGCUCUAGAGAAUGUGGAUAUUGUACAUUGCCCGGAAUGGAUAGAUAAACCAGAGCUUCCUUUAUCACUCAAAUCAUACUGCCGGUAUCCAUCACAUAAUUAG